AUGAUUGAAAAAAAUGAUCGAAGCGACGAUUGGGAAGGUGUAAGUAUUUUAUGUCAAGCACUUGAUACUGCUUUUAAAUACGAAUCAGAAUCAUUGGUGGCUGGAAAAAGUAUUCUCGAGAUGGGUUUUUGCACAGGAUUACCGUCGGUGUUUUCAUUAACAAACAGAGCUGCACAUGUUACUCUCUUCUCAAUGGAAGAGAUAAUAAUGAAUGAUUGUGUAAAGCCAACUCUCGCGAGAAAUAAGGUGAAACCAACACAAAAAAGAUUAAUCUUUGGAGAAUUCAGUGAUUUACGCAAAUCAACUGAUCAAAACAGGUUCGAUAUUAUCCUCGCAUCGGAAUAUUUGAAUACGGAUAAGUUCAGUUAUGAAGAAUUGCAUGACAUAAUCGAUUAUUUGCUUACACCUGAUGGAUUAUGCAUUUUUUCGUCACGAAUGUCAUAUUUCCAUCAUGAAGGAAAAUUCAUUGAUUUGAUCAAAGUGAAGGGCAAAUUUGAUGUUUUCGAACGUUGGUCAUCACCGAAGAGUGACUUUGUUCAGCGAAAAGUGAUUCAGCUGACAAGAGUUAUCAGAUAA